UCUUGAUUGUCCAAGUUUAUCAAUUUGGUCGCCGUCAAUAACGUAACCGUAAAGAGACAAAAAGUAUUUCUUAUUUACAGUAUUCUUUCAUUUACUAGUAAAGAGUAGUCCAAGUUGAUUCGAAAAUUUUGUGCCAUUUCUUUUUCUGCUUCUUGAUUCAUUGACAAAGAUUCAUCAUGAGCGAGGAAAGUGAAUGUGAAACCCAAGUGGAACCACAAUAUUUGGAAAAGGCUGUUGAUGAAGAUUUCAGUCAAUCGAAAGACUACAAGAUGGAAAUCGUCUGGAGAAAUGUUAUACUCCAAGGUUUACUUCAUUCAAUUAUUUUCUGGCAAAUUUACUAUCUUUAUCGUUAUCCAGAUGAAUGGCCCAACUUUUGGAAGCUACUGAAAGCUGGCUCUUUGUACACUAUAUUAUUCAGUUCAAUGGGAGUAACUGCUGGUGCUCAUCGUCUUUGGUCUCACAAGUCUUAUAAGGCCAAAGUACCAUUACGUGUGUAUCUUGCCUUGGCAUUUGCUUCAUGUGGACAGGAUGACAUAUUGACCUGGGCCAGAGACCAUCGAGUUCACCACAAGUAUUCAGAGACGGACGCUGAUCCACACAAUGCUUCAAGAGGCUUCUUCUUCUCUCACCAAGGCUGGCUUCUGGUCAAGAAACAUCCUGCAGUCAAAGAAAAGGGUAAAAAUGUUGACCUUUCCGACCUUUACGCUGAUCCGGUUGUCAUGUGGCAACGAAAGUAUUACUUUUGGCUUGCGAUGUUGACCAUUGUAGUCAUUCCAGUAGCAUUUCCCUACUAUUACUGGAACAUACCGUUUUGGCACUGUUUUAUGGCUUCAGGAGUUCGCCUUUUACUUGUCCUUCAUGGCACAUGGUUGGUCAACUCAGCAGCCCACUUAUGGGGAACCAAACCUUAUGACAACACAAUUGGUCCGGUCGAGCAGAACUUUUGGAAGAUUUGGGUUUUCACAGGUGAAUUUUAUCACAACUUUCAUCACACUUUCCCUCAAGACUACAAAGCAUCGGAAUGGGGUUGGAUUGGACAGUUAAAUUCAGCGGCAAUGUUCAUCGAACUGAUGGCCAUGAUUGGACAAGCUUACGAUUUGAAAACGACACCUCGAAAGAUCGUUUUGGCUCGAAAGAGCAGAACCGGUCAAUGGUUUUCCGACAAGAAAAAUAAAACUUCCCAACAAUCAGAAGUUAAAGUUGAUUAAAGUUACUCUUCAUUUUCACGAUUCUUUAGACUUAAAAUUUUGAUACUUUUCCAAUUAACCAAACUUUACAUAAAAUUAAAUGUUAAAGGUUACAAGAAUCAUGUUAAUCUUGUUAAUAAAUGUCAAUUAAUUGAUCAA